AUGGCGCCAAAAGGGAUCGAAGUUGGGGUAUUGAUCAUUUUCACGGUGGCUCUUCUUUCGGCUCGAGCCACGGCUCAGUCGGGGUGCACGAGCGUGCUCAUAAGCAUGGCUUCGUGCCUCAACUACGUCUCGGGUAGUGCCGCCUCACCAUCCCCUUCGUGUUGCUCGGCUCUCGAUAAUGUGGUCAAGACUCAACCGCGGUGCCUUUGUGCCAUAGUCAAUGGCGGCGGGGGUGGCUCGGUGGGAGUCAACAUCAACCAGACACUCGCGCUUGGGUUGCCUAGCGCGUGUAAGGUGGAGACUCCACCGAUUAGCCGGUGCGAUGCUGUUAACGGGCCUACAAUCUCUCCUAUGGGUUCUCCAGAAAGUUCUCCUCCGGAAUCUGAAAAUGGAAGUCCCGAUUCUCCGAUUAGCCCAUCACUCACAGGAUCGAAGACAGUUCCGUCGAAUGGCGCGACAUCAAACGGAAGCACAAGCAAUAUAAAUCUUCUUCAACUUGCGACCAAUUUCAUCGUCUUCGUUACAGCUUCGUAUGCUUCUUCUGCAUUCAACAAUAUCUUUUGA